AUGGGUCUUGACACUCUCCCCGCAGAGAUUCUCCAGCAAGUUCUAGGGCUUGUCUUCCCCCGCAAUUGGCUGGAAUCUCCCCAUAUACGCACCAAGCUCACCCUCAAGCUUGUUUGCAAAUAUGUUGAUCAGAACAUCCGUCGCGAUGUCUUUGGUAAACUUGAUAUUGAUCUCAUUGCCACAGUGUUGGCCAGCGACAUGAACGACGAAAUGGUCACUCGGCUACUCGUCGAAAUUGUCAAGGUUGCUGGCAAAAACGAGAAUGCUCUGGUAUCUUUUAUUCGCGAUGCUGUCCAGUGCACUCUUCGCUUGACCGGAGAUGGCUCGCAUGAUGGCAACAAGCUUGGCGACUAA